AUGGACCCGGCGGACAUCUUUCGACAAGGCUUUGGCCAUGUCGGUCCUCGCCCGAACAACGCCGCCUUCAUGAGCCACCCACAGCAUCCCAUGGCGCAUUUGCAGAGGCAGCAACACCCACAGUUCAGAAAGCCCAUGCCCAUGGUCAAGAAUGAGGACUCGUCAUCGGGUGGCGACGGCCCCGGCGGCCAGCGCAUCGCUCAUACUCUGACAGCGUGCUGUCGCUGCCGGCAGAGAAAAACUCGAUGCGAUCCUAAUCUACCGCGCUGCCUACCCUGCGAAAGGUCUGGAUCGAUUUGCGAAUAUCUCGACGCAGCCAAGGGUCGCAAGAUCAACCGCCACUAUGUCAUCAAACUACAGGACACCGUUAGACAACUCGAGGCUGAGCUCAGCCAAUAUACCGACGAAGAGAACGAGUAUCCCGGGAGCAAUGAGGAUAUGGUGCGCCCAGGCGGAAUGGUUCGCCUCAACGGCGGUGACGAAACCCCUCGAUAUCUAGGACCUAGCAGUGGCAUCGCCAUGACGCGCCUGCUUAUGGAACAGGCCAAAGCAUACACAGAUUCCAAGCGCAUCUCGGAUCUGAUCCCCAGCGUUCGUACCCAGCCGAACCGUAUGCAGUCCAUUCAGAUGACCGGACCGACUGCCAACAGUAGGCGGAAGAGCUACCCCAUGAUCAGCCAGCACCCCGCGGAGAACCUACCGACGAGGGCUAUUAUGGAUAAGCUGCUAGAGGUUUUCAACCAAAAAGCUCAACUCUUCUGGCCUGCUUUGCACGAGAAGGACCUCGAGCAAGACGUCGAUGCAGUCUACAACGGUGAUAACGACCCCUACCGACUUUUCAUCGUUCGCAUGGUUGUCGCAAUUAGCUUGCAGAAACCGGGAACUCUAUAUGCCGGUUUGGCCGACAGCUACUACUUGGCCGCAAUGCAAAACUUUGAGGACGUCCUUCAGACAAAGGACCUCAAGACAUUGCAAUGCCUUGUUCUGCUCGGGCAAUACUCGCUCCUCACCCCGACAAGAAUUCCUAUUUACUAUGUUAUUGGUCUUGCGACCAGGAUAUGCCAGCAGGAAGGCUUGGCAAGCGAGAAGACCAUCAGCCCCAGUUACAACCUGAGUGCCAAGACGAUUGACAUGCGACGACGGUUAAUAUGGACAGUUGCUGCUAUGGAGUACGGCCUGGCGCACAGCAUGGGAAGACCUAACAGUUUCGCAACCGGGGACGACCGCCUGGACGUGGAUUUCUUUGCGACUGUCGACGACGAGUACAUCACCGAUCAGGGGAUCCAACCCGGCCCACCCAGCGAACGCAAGCUUGUGGCUAUUCACUUCUACAAGAUGAGAAUGUGCCAGGCGGAAAUUCGAAGGACGUUGUACGAGAAGAAGAAGCCCGACCCUAGGAAUGACCAGCACCCCUGGUUUGCGAGAGUUGAGCAGAUGAAUCAAGAUUGGCUCGAUAAUUCGCCGACGAGCCCAAGCUGGUGCAAGUCAUGGUUUACUGGCCGAUAUCACCAGAUGCGCAUCUUCAUGUACAGGCCAUCUCCCCAAAUACCAAAACCCUCACCUCGCGCCGCCAAGAUCUGCUUCGAAAGCUCAGCCAUUAUGAUCAAGUUGAAUGCCAAGCAAAUGGAAGGCGGAGGAGACAUCAGCUGGGUGUUCCUCUUGACUGUCAAUAUGUCUCUCAACACACUGCUUUGGACCGUGUCAUACCCAGAGGUUCGACAGGCGCACCCUCGAAAGGAGGUGGAAGAGCUCGUCGACAUCUCGAUGGAAGUUUUGCAAGGCUGCGCAGAGCGAUGGCCCGGAACCGCAUCUGCCUCGCAGCUGUACUCCAUCUUCUCCAAAGCCUGUCUACAGAGCUACGACGCACGCCCUACGACAGGACAGCCUGGUGGCUUCUUCACGACACCCCCAUCGUUUGCUGAUCCCAGCUCGCCGCCCGAUGCCUUCUCCCAACCAAACCCCCAACAGGCUCCCUUCCUCAACCCGCCCCAGUUCAGCCAUGUCUUCAACUCUCCGCCGGAGGCGAUGAAUUCGUUCGCAUUCGACCCCAACUACCCGCCGCCUCAGCCAACUUUCCGAUCCAACUCAAUCUUCUUCAACCCUGCCAGUGGGGAGCCAACAGGCCGGAGGUUUUCGUACUUUCCUCCCGAUUAUAUGCAGACCGGCGAGGCAGCUCCGGAUGAUCCAACACCGCCGGCUACUACCACUCCUGAGCAGCAUAUGGCAUCGCCUCCGGACCAUGUGUCGGAUCAACUUCCCACGCCCCCUGAUUCUGUACCGACCGGCAACAUGACGACCCCGACACCCAGCACGACACUGUCGCCCCCAAACACCAUGACUGCGCAACCCACUCCCAUCAUGCAACACGCAUCUCCAAUGGUGGUUCCGCUAGGACCUGUGCAGAACAUGUCUCCCCAAGUCAAGAUCGAACCUUCCCAGGGUGUACCGACCUUCACCGUCCCGCCAGUGACACAGACACAAGCUGCCCCUGAACAGCGGCCUCUGCCGACACUGAGUGACCCCAACCUGUGGUUCUCGCCACCAGCGCCUCUCAUAUCACCCUACACUUUUGCCAACAUGAGCAACAGCUUCAUAAACAAUGGGAUGGGCAACACAGGCAACUACGGUGACAUGUCGGGGGCUGGUCUUGGACUGCAAAAUUUCGGGACCAACAAUGUUGCGCCUCCUCAGUUUGACUACGGUUUUGGUCGCCAAGGCAGCCUUACACAGUCACAGCAGAUGGAGCUAAUGAACGUGCUCGAGACGGAGGGCAUGGGCGACAUCGACGCGUUCCUCAACGGGGGCGACGUACCAAACAACAACAGAUGGUACUGA